AGUUGUAUGUACAAAUUGCAGCAAUACUGCUGACUGACUGAAUCGAUAUGGACACUACUGGAAAAGUAAUAAAAUGUCGGGCAGCAGUAAUGUGGGAUUCGCAUAAACCCUUCAGCAUUGAAGAGAUAGAAGUUGCUCCUCCAAAGGCUCAUGAAGUUCGUAUAAAGAUAUUAUUUUCUGGAAUAUGUCGUACAGAUGACCAUAUAGUGGAAGGAGCCAUAGAUGGUCAGAAGUUUCCAGUGAUUGUAGGUCAUGAAGCAGCCGGUAUAGUAGAAAGUAUUGGUGAUGGAGUAACUACAGUCAAACCAGGGGACAAAGUAAUCCCACUGGCUCUUCCUCAAUGUGGAGAAUGCAGAAGCUGUGUUGAACCGGAGAGUAAUGUGUGCUACAAAACAGAUUUUGGUAAGAAUACUGGUUUGAUGUCUGACAACACAAGCAGAUUUACAUGCAAGGGACAGUUGAUUCAUCAUUACAUCAACAUGAGCACCUUUAGUGAAUACACCGUGGUUGAUGAUAUAAGUGUGGCGAAAAUACAUGAUGGAGCUCCCCUGGAUAAAGUCUGUGUGAUUGGCUGUGGGUUUUCCACAGGAUAUGGAUCUGCUGUUAAUGUGGCUAAGGUCAAGGCUGGCUCCACAUGUGCUGUAUUUGGAUUGGGAGGCAUUGGUCUCUCUGUGAUUAUUGGAUGUAAAAUAGCCGGAGCUUCCAAGAUUAUCGGUGUUGAUGUAAAUAGUGAUAAGUUUGUGACAGCUAUAGAGCUGGGAGCCACUGAGUGCAUCAACCCAAAGGACCACAAGAAGCCCAUUCACGAAGUGCUAAAAGAGAUGACUAAUGGGGGAGUUCAUUAUUCUUUUGAGUGUAUUGGAAACACAGACGUCAUGGUUUCAGCACUUCAGUCUAGUCACUUCAGUGCUGGUAUUACAGUUAUUGUUGGAUUGGCUGAUUCACAAGCAAAGCUCUCAUUUGAUCCAAUGCUGGUUCUCUCAGGACGUACUAUAAAAGGUGCUUUUCUUGGAGGUUAUAAGAGUAAAGAUAGUAUUCCUCAACUAGUUUCAGAUAUGAUGAAAGGCAAGUUUUCUUUGGAUAGACUGAUCUCUCACAAAUUGCCUUUUAUUGAAAUAAAUAAAGGAUUUGAACUUCUGCGCAAAGGAAAAAGCAUACGCACGGUGCUGCAAUUCUAACAGCCUCCUGUUGUUGAUUAUUCUGAGCCUGAAAUUAAGAAAGAAUUGGACGCUUUUUAACAUUUAUUCAUUGUUCUUGCUCAACAAUUUUUUUUAAAGAUAUUAAAAGCCAUGUGUGUUAACUGAAUUUUGAUAGUAAGAUGUGAAUUGCAGUGUUUUGGACACAAUCACUACAAUUUCAGUUUAACAUUUACAGUCUUUAACAAAGAUAUAUUACAUUUAAGUGUUUAAUUUAUGUUCUUAAAGCCUAACAGAAGUGCCAUGAUGCUGACAGUCCACAUACAGUACUUAAUGUAAACAAAUGUACGCUUUCUGGCAGUAUCUACUUCACUACGCUUUGCAUCAUAGAAAUGUUUCCUGCAGCAAUCGUUCACUACAAUGCUUGUUACAGUACAGGUUGAGUAUCCCUUAUCCAAAAUGCUUGGGACCAGAAGUAUUUUGGAUAUCGGAUUUUUCCGUAUUUUGGAAUAAUUGCAUACCAUAAUGAGAUAUCAUGGCGAUGGGACCUAAGUCUAAGCACAGAAAACAUUUAUGUUUCAUAUACACCUUAUACACACAGCCUGAAGGUCAUUUUAGCCAAUAUUUUUAAUAACUUUGUGCAUUAAACAAUGUGUGUGUACAUUCACACAAUUCAUUUAUGUUUCUUAUACACCUUAUACACACAGCCUAAAGGUCAUUUAAUACAAUAUUUUUUAAUAACUUUGUGUAUUAAACAAAGUUUGUGUACAUUGAGCCAUCAGAAAACAAAGAUUUCACUAUCUCACUCUCACGCAAAAACUUCCGUAUUUCGGAAUAUUCUGUAUUUCGGAAUAUUUGGAUAUGGGAUACUCAACCUGUAUAAUGAAGUUCUAUAGGAGCACUCAUUAAAUAUUCAUAGAAUAUAAUACUGCAGGAAGAAUACCGUAUGCUAAACUCUGUAGACAGGACACAGAACAUGGCUUUAUCUACAAUAUUUGCCUGGUAUUGUUUUCCAAUGUCCAUGGAUAAAAGCUGUUUAUUGUGUAUACAUUUAUACUGACUUUUAUCAUUUUCAGCAUGAAAAUAAAUUGUUAGAAACUUCCUAGGUGCCACCAGAUAAGAGCUAUCAUGAUCCUGUAACUAAUGUCCUUCAUUAUUAGAUUCAGCAUCAGAAAAUGACUCUCUUGCAGAUUAACAUAUUUUUCAGUAUUGGAAGAAAUUUCAGUGCUCUGACGUUGGCUUAAACUCAGCUUUAUGUGUUUACUGUUCAUAGCUAUUGAUAAUCUGGUACAAAGGGGCAGAUGUAUUAAGCCUGAAUA